UUCCGGUUGUUGCAGUGGUUGUAGUUAGCAGCCAGGCUAUAUUGUUUUGCUAGGUAGUUCUAUGAGCUACCGAAUGUAGCAAACUAAUGAGCAUAAUCAUUCAGAUGUUUGUUGUUGUUUUCGAUGUGUUGCUCUUAACUUGAAAAUAGCUGCACGUCGGGAUACGUUGUGUUUCAGCCCGUUUGUUAUCUUCGUUGUCUUUGCCCAAACAUGACUUCUCGUCGACCGGAAAGCUUUGAUGGCUUAGGUUACAGGGGAAGGGAGGAUCCUUCAUUUGGGGGAUAUGCUGCAAGGUCGUUUAAUAAUUCGUCCGGCACGGAUCUCCAGCACUGGGUUACAACACCCCCAGAUAUUCCCGGUAGCAGGAAUUUGCAUUAUGGGGAACGCACUCCCCAGUUUGAAACGGCCCCACCUGCAGUCCCUGGAUCCGAAGACAUACAGUCUGCUGCUGGAUCAUCUGAACAGUUAAACAGAUUUGCUGGAUUUGGCAUAGGGCUGGCAAGUCUCUUCACAGAAAAUGUGUUGGCUCACCCUUGCAUCGUGUUUCGUCGUCAGUGCCAGGUGAAUUAUCAUGCACGGAAUUACCAUCUAUCACCAUUCACUGCUAUCAGCGUGAUGUACAAUGUCACAAAAACACAGGGUCCAAAGGCCUUAUGGAAAGGCAUGGGUAGUACAUUUGUUGUGCAGGGGGUCACACUGGGCACCGAGGGCCUUAUUAGUGAAUGCACUCCUUUGCCAAGGGAGUUAUCGCACAAGUGGAAUCCAAAGCAAGUUAUUGGACACUUGGUACUCAAAAGUUUGUCCUAUGUGGUCGCAAUGCCAUUUUACUCUGCAAGCCUCAUCGAAACCGUGCAGAGUGAAAUCAUCCGUGACAACCCAGGAAUUCUGGACUGUGUGAAGGAAGGCGUGGGCCGGGUGAUGGGCAUGGGCAUUCCCCACAGCAAGCGCCUCCUGCCGCUGUUGAGCCUGGUGUUCCCCACAGUCCUGCAUGGGGUCCUCCACUACAUCAUCAGCUCUACCGUGCAGAAGGUGGUGCUGCUCUUCCUCCGAAGGAAGAGCCCGCCCGGGCAGCCCGCCGACAGGCCCGACGGUGCUCAGAGCAUGCUGGAGGCCUACUUCCCCGAACUCAUGGCCAGCUUCGCUGCCAGCCUGUGCGCCGACGUCCUGCUCUUACCCCUGGAGACCGUCCUCCACCGGCUCCACAUCCAGGGCACGCGCACCAUCAUCGACAACACGGACCUGGGCUUCGAGGUCCUGCCCAUCAACACCCAGUACGAGAGCAUGAGAGACUGCAUCAACGUCAUCCGCAGAGAGGAGGGGCCCCUGGGCUUUUAUAAAGGAUUUGGGUCAAUAGUCGUGCAGUACACGCUACAUGCCGCUGUACUACAGAUCACCAAGUUGAUUUAUUCAACAUUGUUGCAAAAUGCUUAAAAUAAUAGAAUUUUAAAAAAGAAAAAUCUUAUUAAUAGCCGGUCCCUUUUUAGCUACUGAUCUCUGUUGUAUUGUGUGGGUGCACAGAUGACAUUCUUCCAAAGCACAUGGAAAGCUUCACCAUCAAAUCCAUUGAUUAGAUUUCUCACAUUUUUGCUUGUGCUUUAUGGUGGUCAUUUUUGUCUGCUCUGGCUAUCAAAAAAAUAAAAUCUGUUCGGGUACUUCCCUUUUUGAACUUCAAUUGAAAGAGACCUCUAUGGAAGAUGAAUAGAUUAUCAGUGGUCUAGUAGAGUCAUGUCAGUUGGUUAAAUUAAAGCAUUGUUCACCACAAAUCAUGUAAGCUUGCUUUUUUUUUCUCAUUUGAAGGAAUUGUUCAUCUCUAAAAACAUUACUUGCUGCCUGAUGAAUAAAUGCUUCUGAUUUCAGUCACUGGGGGAAGCAGAGGAAUGCAUUGUGCCAAUUUCUUUAAAGAUGUGUUCAGUAAGAUUAUGAAAGAUGUCAUAUUUGUCUUUAAAUUAUUAUUUCCACCUUAGAUGUCAAUGUACUUGUAGUAAAAUGUUGCACUAAAAGCAUCCGGCGUCCUUGGCAUAUUACAAUAUAUAGCAGUAACAGAAUAAUUGCACUACUUGCAGGUGGUUUGAAGUUCAGGGAUAUUAAGUAACGAUUAGUAGAUCCAUGUGUAAAUAUAUUUGCUUUUGCUGCUUAAUAAUUGAAGGUGUAAAAUUUCACAUUUUGUUUAUUAACACCCAGCACCAAUAAAUGUCUGAAAAUACAAA